AUGAAUUUAAUGCAAAGUUUAGCAAAUUAUAUUAUCAGGCCUCACCGAGAGAUAUACCAAGUAUCCGAUCUUGGCCACAUCAAAUUUUCAUUAGGCAAAAUAAACUACCAAAGAAAAGACUUUCAAUUAGUAAGUACCAGAGGAUAUCUAAGAUGCAGCUGGUUUGACUCAAUAAAAGGAGAUCCAAAAAAGUGCAUAAUAUAUUGUCACGGCAACUGCGGCUGUAGAAUUGACUCUUUUGAUAUAUUAGAACAAGUCCUCAAAGCAGGGAUGUCAUUAGUUUGCUUUGAUUUUGGAGGCUGCGGGCUUUCUGAUGGCAACUAUGUUACGUUAGGUCAUUAUGAAAAAAACGACAUAAAAGUUGUUGUAGACUACGUGCAAGCAAGCGGAAAAGCAACAUCUAUAGGAAUAUGAGGAAGAAGCAUGGGAGCAGUGGCUGCAAUUCUAUAUUCAAAUAGCACUGUAAAUGCCCCACCUUUAGUUCUGGAUUCUCCAUUUUGCUGUCUGAGCGAUGUUAUUGAUGAUAUGGUAAAGCGGUAUAAGCUAAUACCAAACAUGCUCAAAGAUUUUAUAAUGGAAAAAAUAUCAAAGAUCAUUAAAGACACAGCUUUCUUUGAUAUAAACAGUAUUAUUCCUUUAUCUGGGGUAGGAAAAUGCCGCAAUUCGGCUGUAUUUAUACAUUCUUUUGAAGAUAAACUUAUAAAUAUCGAGCACUCACAAAAGUUAUAUAAAGAAUGGGGUGGACCAAAACACUUUUUGACUGUAAGUGGGCAACACAAUGCGAUGAGAGAUCCUGUAACGAUUUUAAGAUCUUUACAAUUAUUAGAGCAGAUGAUGAAUUUAGGAAGCAGUGAAGAUGAUGGCUCAGCCACUGAACGACGAUGUCCUCCUGAGUUUUCGAAAAAGGUAAAUAAAGUUAUACGACAUAGGAGAUAUCAAAGCGAAGGUGAAUCUCAAAAAUUUGUACAAAUUAAAUAUGCUCGGGUUGAGAAAAGUUAGCUUGAGGGUUUCUAGAGUGGUAGUUUUUUCUAAAAAAUAUAAGAAAUCAUUUUAGUAUUAUUAGAAGAGCCUAACGAGACAAGAUUAA